UACGUGCUAUUGUUUCAAGCAUGGCGCAGAAUAAUCUAGAAGUUGGGAUGAAGUGCAUAAAGUAUAUGCUGCUGUGUGUUACAGCAAUAUUUGUGCUAACCUCAGCGCUCAUUAUCUCCGUGGGCACGACGAUCUACGCGAUAUACUACGAUGUGUCGUUCUUCCUGUACGACCAGAUGUUUUCGCCGGCCACCUUCAUCAUCGUGAUCGGUGUUAUCAUGCUGUUUGUGUCCCUGUUUGGAUGUAUUGGCGCUUUGAAGGAGAGCACGUGUUUGGUGAACAUCUUCGCAGUAAUCCUCAGCCUGGUGCUUGUAUUGGAAUUGGCAGCUGCGAUCGCUGCGUACACCCUUCGUUCACAAGUCACAGGCAUGCUUGAUGAGAACCUUCGAGAGACCAUGCCGUACUAUUACAACAAUGCUGAGGUCGCUGGCAGCUUCGACUUCAUUCAGAGCAGACUAAACUGCUGCGGUGUGGACAGCUAUCUAGACUGGAACGAGGUCCACAACGCGCCCGCCAACGAGGGCAUCGCAGUGUCCAACUUCACAGUCCCUUACAGCUGUUGUGCGCAAACCCGUACACAAAUUGUAGGCGAGCUGGAGGUUGAGGAGUGCGAGAAGCUAUACGCUAAUGGAUGUCUUCCCAGGAUCACGUACUUGGUGUACCAAAGCGCCGGACUUCUUGGCGCUGGCGCUAUGACUAUUGCGUUCAUUCAGGUAAUCGGCAUAGUGUUCUCAUUCUCGCUGGCCAGUUCGAUCCGCAAAGCGAAGUCAGAGCGCGAACGCCGCCGCUGGGAGAUUCAAGAGCGUAUGAUCAACGCCUACACUUCUCUGAAUCCGGACACUGAAAAGAAACCAGUUGUCUAUGUCCCGUUCCACGGACAAACCACGGCAUAGACAUUUUUAAUCUGUGAUUUAUUUUUGCCAAAAAUUUUCCCGCCAAGUGGGAUAGCACAUUAUAAAGCACAGUCUACGUUCUAACCUCAGUAUUUUAUUUAAAGGUUAUUUUUUACGAAAUUGCAUAAAUAAAUCACGUUACUUAUAUGAAAUACCUAUCUAUAAUAUAAGUCCUUAAUAAAAUAUGUUUAAACGUGGU